AUGCGACCAAAGCGAGGGUUGCUAAGACAGGGGCCUGGCGUGAUCACCUCAAGAGCUAUUGUGCCCACUCAGGUCCUAGCCAGAGCUCGCCACUUUUGACCAGAAUUUCAGGUGCCAUUGUGUCCACUCAGGUCCAUCAAUGGCGUGCCGCCCAACCGUGGUCGUCGUGCCGAAAUGGGGAUCCGGCCACUUCAUAUCCGCGCUCGAAGCCGGCAAGAGGCUUCUCGCCACCGGCCGGGGCGCCUUCACGCUGACCGUGCUCGUCAUUCACGCGCCGUCGGAAGCAAUGGCGUCGGAGGUCCAGGGCCACGUGUGCCGAGAGGCGGUUUCCGGCCUCGACAUCCGCUUCCUCCAGCUCCCCGCCGUUGAGCAUCCCACCUGCUGCGUGGACCCUGCUGAAUUCGCGUCCCGGUACGUCCAGCUCCACGCGCCCCACGUCAAGGCGGCCAUCGCGGGCCUGGGGCCGUCGUCCCGGGUGGCCGCGGUCGUCGUCGACCUCUUCUUCACUGCCCUAUUCGACGUUGUCCACGAGCUCGCCGUGCCGGCGUACGUGUACUUUUCCUCCCCCGCCGCGUUCCUGGCGCUCAUGCUGCGCCUGCCGGCGCUACGCGAGGAUCUGACGGGUGCCGGGUUUGAGGCGAUGGAGAGCACGGUGGACGUGCCCGGGCUGCCGCCGGUGCCGCCGUCUUACAUGCCUGCCUGCCUCGUGAAAGCAAAGAUCCAGAGCUACGACUGGUUCGAGUACCACGGACGCCGCUUCAUGGAAGCCAGGGGCGUCAUCGUGAACACCUCCCUCGAGCUCGAAGGCUCGAUUCUCGCGGCAAUCGCGGACGGCCGCUGCGUUCCCGGACUCCGUGCUCCGGCGCUCCACGCGAUCGGCCCGGUGAUCUGGUUCGGCUCGACGGACGACGAGCAGCCGCACGAGUGCGUCAGGUGGCUCGACGCGCAGCCGCCGGCUUCGGUGGUUUUCCUCUGCUUCGGGAGCAUGGGGUCCCUCGACGCCGCACAGGUGAGGGAGGUAGCCGCCGGCCUGGAGCGCAGCGGCCACCGCUUCCUGUGGGUGCUACGAGGCCGGCCCGUCGCCGGCACGCGGCUCCCGACGGACGCGGACCUGGCCGAGCUGCUCCCGGAGGGGUUCCUGAAGGCGACCGCGGGGAGGGGGCUGGUGUGGCCGGCAUGGGCGCCGCAGAGGGAGAUCCUGUCCCACGCCGCCGUGGGCGGCUUCGUUACGCACUGCGGGUGGAACUCCAUCCUGGAGAGCCUGUGGUUCGGCGUGCCGAUGAUUCCGUGGCCGCUGUACGGGGAGCAGCACCUGAAUGCGUUCGAGCUCGUGGCCGGCGUGGGCGCGGCGGUCGAGCUGGAGAUGGACCGGAGGAAGGGAUUCUUCGUGGAGGCGGGCAAGCUGGAGCGAGCGGUGCGGAUCCUGAUGGGCGGCGCGUCGGAUGAGGGGAAGAAGGCGAGGAAGACGGCAGCGGAGACGAGCACCGCGUGCAGGAAGGCCGUCGGCGAGGGCGGCUCGUCCUGCGCCGCGCUGCAGAGGCUCGUGCGCGAGAUCUUGGUUUUGCCGACGGCGGGAAACGAGACCCGCUAGUUUUUUUUUAUUGAAAGGAAAUUCCCGCUAGUUUUGGAGCAGUAUUAAGUUAGUACAAAUUUUAUACUAAAACAGUGAUAUUUAUUUUAAAAAGGAGGGAGUACUUGAUAAACUCUGAAACUAUUUUUAAAUAAACUUGGCAUUUCAUUGUA